CAGGAUCACGGAGCUGCUGAGCGGAGAGGUUCCUAUAAGGUGUCAGGAUGUCGCUGUCUAUUUCUCCAUGGAGGAGUGGGAGUAUUUAGAAGAACACAAGGAUCUGUACAAGGACGUCAUGAUGGAGAAUCACCAGUCCCUCACAUCACCGGAUGGAUCCACUAAGAGAAAUCCACCAGAGAGAUGUCCCAGUCCUCUGUAUUCCCAGGACUGUCCAGAGGAGAAACCAAAUGUCCCACUGGAUCAUCAGGAAAGUUCAGAUGGAACGACGAGUGGACUUGAAAAACCUGUAUCAGUGUCUGUGAAUGGUGAAGACAGGAUGACAGUAUACCAUAAGCAUCUCAAUUUACCUUCCUGUCAUGAAGCAGAAAAUAACAAUAUCACACAAGAUGAUUCUAUGACUCCUAAUGUACCCUCAGUCCUUCACAGCAAAGAUCUCUCCUCCGAUUCCUCUGGUCACAAGAAACCUUCAUCUAGACCAUCACUAAUUGGCAAAACAAGAACUAAACAGAAACGUGGGAAACAUUUUAAAGGGAAAUCUAAUCUUUCCUUACAUGAGAAAAAUCACAGAGAUAAAAGGUCAUUUUCAUGCUCAGAAUGUGUGAAAUGUUUUAGUCGAAAAUCACAUCUUAUGUACCAUCUAAGAAUGCACUUAGGGGAAAAGUCAGUUUUGUGUUUAAAAUGUGGGAAAUGCUUUAGUCAGAAUUCGGAUCUUAAUAGACAUCAGAAAUCUCACACAGGGGAGAAGCCAUAUUCUUGUCCUGAAUGUGGGAAGUGUUUUGGUCAGAGUUCAGAUCUUCAUAGACAUCAGCGAGCUCACACAGGGGAGAAGCCAUAUUUAUGUCCUGAAUGUGGGAAAUGUUUUAGUCAGAAAUCAGAUCUUGUUACACAUCAGAGAACUCACACAGGGGAGAAACCAUUUUCAUGUCUUGAUUGUGGAAAGUAUUUUAGUCAGAAAUCACAUCUUAUUUCACAUCAGAGAACUCACACAGGGGAGAAACCAUUUAUGUGCCCAGAAUGUAGUAAAUAUUUUACUGUGAAAUCAGCUCUUGUAGAACAUCUGAGAACUCACACAGGGGAGAAGCCAUAUUCAUGUCCUGAAUGUGGAAAGUGUUUUAGUCACAAAUCAAGUCUUGCUACACAUGAGAGAACUCACACUGAAGAGAAGCCACUAUUGGUCAGAAGUACAGGACAUAAUGGAACUCAUACAUUCUUACAACAGAUGGCAGGAUCUCAGUCUGUGAAGCAAUUAUAGAUGCAAGCCGUGUCUUGUCAGGUCUUGUUUUAUGUUUCAAAAGGCAUUUAUUGGGUUUUAGCAUAGAUUGAUAUGCAUAGAUAAAAGGAUAUGUUAUACAAAAACAAUAACAAUUCUUGGAGGAAUGUAUGUCAUAUUGCAUAUUGUUACAUCAUACUAAUUGAAUACAGUAGUAUUUCUGCAUAGACAUGAGCAAA